ACAAAUAAUUUGAGGAAAGUUGUCCGUCAUGGCUAUACCUGAUACAGAAGUUGAGAGGCAAAUCCAGCAGAUGAUUCAAUUUAUUGACCACGAGGCAGAUGAGAAGGAGGUCGAAAUUCUUGCCAAGGCUGAUGAGGAGUUCAACAUUGAGAAGGGCAGAUUAGUCGAACAGGAAAAGCAAAAGAUACGAUCUUUUUACGAGAAGAAAGAAAAGAAUGCUGAACUCCAGAAGAAAAUACAGCUUAGCAAUCUGCAGAACCAGGCCCGUCUGAAGCUGCUCAAACAGAGAGAAGAUCAUCUCGACGAAGUUGUGGUAAACACAACAGAAAAGCUGCGGUCCAUGACCAGCGACAUUGGCAAAUACCAGAACAUGUUGCAAGGGCUCAUUACUCAAGGAUUGUGCCAGCUUCUCGAACCCAACGUUCUCAUCCAGUGCAGACAGAAAGAUCUGCAGCUGGUUAAGGAAGUAUUGGAUAAAGCAUUGAAACGAUACACAGAACUCAGCAAACUAGAUGUUGUUAUUAAAGUGGACGAAAAGACUUUCCUUGCCUCCGACAUAGCCGGUGGAGUUCAAUUGUCUGCACGAGACGGAAAACUGCUGGUAACGAAUACUUUGGAGGCUAGACUCGACCAAAUAGUCAAACAGAAAAUCCCUGAGGUCCGAACAAUGCUGUAUGGCAACAAUCCGAACCGACGAUUCUUCGACUAGAUGCACCCCUACAAAUGGACGAACUGAAAACUUUUUACAUUGGGACAUUGAAUUAGACAUUGACUGAUAUCUGUGAAGUUGCUAAGUAUUCGCUGAAUUAAGAUUGAUUACGUAUGAGAAGAUUUAGACUAUCAUGUUUUAGACCUUUCGCAGUUUCUCUGGGACCAUGUGAAUUGGUUAUGAUAUGGAACAGUUAUCGAUAGUGGUGGUCUGCAGGCAGACACAGCAUUUGUGAAUUGUUAAUUAUACCUUGAUUAGAUUUGAUGUUAUUCCAGUAAUUCAAUUUUAUACAA